UCUUUACCAUCAACAAUGGCAAGAACCAAGCAGACCGCUCGUAAAUCUACCGGAGGAAAGGCUCCAAGAAAGCAACUCGCCACCAAAGCUGCCCGUAAAAGCGCACCAGCUACCGGCGGCGUUAAGAAGCCUCAUCGUUACAGGCCCGGUACCGUGGCUCUGAGAGAGAUCCGCCGUUAUCAGAAGUCCACUGAACUGCUGAUCCGCAAACUGCCCUUCCAGCGUCUGGUAAGAGAAAUCGCUCAAGAUUUCAAGACUGAUCUGCGUUUCCAGAGCUCUGCCGUCAUGGCCCUGCAGGAGGCCAGCGAGGCUUAUCUGGUGGGUCUGUUUGAGGACACAAACCUGUGCGCCAUCCACGCCAAGAGGGUCACUAUCAUGCCCAAAGACAUCCAGCUGGCCCGUCGCAUCCGCGGAGAGCGCGCCGCGCCCAAGAAGGGCUCCAAGAAAGCGGUGACUAAAACCGCUGGCAAAGGAGGAAAGAAGCGCAAGAGGACCAGGAAGGAGAGCUACGCCAUUUACGUGUACAAAGUACUGAAGCAGGUCCAUCCUGAUACUGGAAUCUCCUCUAAAGCGAUGGGAAUCAUGAACUCGUUCGUCAACGACAUUUUCGAGCGCAUCGCCGGUGAGGCGUCUCGUCUCGCUCAUUACAACAAGCGCUCCACCAUCACAUCCAGAGAGAUCCAGACCGCCGUGCGCCUGCUGUUGCCCGGUGAGCUGGCUAAACACGCCGUGUCUGAGGGCACAAAGGCUAUCAACAUGAGCGGAAGAGGCAAAACCGGAGGAAAGGCCCGCGCUAAGGCCAAGACUCGCUCCUCCAGAGCAGGGUUGCAGUUUCCCGUGGGUCGCGUUCACAGACUUCUGCGCAAAGGUAACUAUGCUCAGCGCGUCGGUGCUGGAGCUCCAGUGUAUCUGGCCGCUGUGCUCGAGUAUCUGACCGCUGAGAUCCUGGAGUUGGCUGGAAACGCCGCUCGGGACAACAAGAAGACCCGCAUCAUCCCCCGCCAUCUGCAGCUAGCGGUGCGCAAUGACGAGGAGCUGAACAAGCUGCUGGGCGGAGUGACCAUCGCUCAGGGUGGUGUGCUGCCCAACAUCCAGGCCGUGCUGUUGCCCAAGAAGACCGAGAAGAACAACGUUAACGUACAUUCUGAACUUAGUCGAUUGAGCAUCAUGUCAGGAAGAGGCAAAGGCGGUAAAGGAUUGGGAAAAGGAGGCGCUAAGCGUCACCGUAAAGUUCUGCGUGAUAACAUCCAGGGAAUCACCAAACCCGCCAUCCGUCGUCUCGCUCGCCGUGGUGGAGUCAAGCGCAUCUCUGGUCUGAUCUACGAGGAGACUCGCGGUGUUCUCAAGGUGUUUCUGGAGAAUGUGAUCCGUGACGCCGUUACAUACACCGAGCACGCCAAGAGAAAGACCGUGACUGCCAUGGAUGUUGUGUACGCGCUGAAACGGCAGGGACGCACUCUGUACGGGUUCGGCGGUUAAACAUCUACGAUCAAUCCCCAAAAAAGGCUCUUUUAAGAGCCACCCACAUUAUCUUAAAAGAGUUCUUGGAACUGCUUGAUAUUAGAUUGCUUUCGUAUUUUAAUCUUUACGUUUAAUUCUUUACUUCCAUAUAUAAUUUCAAAGCAAACAUGUCAUGGGGCCAUUUAUUAGGCUUUAUAUUGUUCCAAAAAAGUCAAGUUUGUUUUGAAGACCAAUAAAGUCUUAAUUUAUCCAGUGACUAUUAUUUGAUUUACUUGACU